AUGGCCGGUGCUGAGCGGGGCCGGGGCGGCGGCGCCCGCGGUCGCGGCCGUGGACGCGCUGGAGGACGAGGAGCGGGGCGAGGUGAUGCUCAGGCUCAGGCAGGUGAGAAGAAGCAAAGGUCGAUUAAGAACCAGAUCCGGGGGCUCCAGCGGCUGCUGGCGAAAGGGCACUUGGAAAAGAAGGCGCAAAAGAAGGUCGAGGCGCACCUGGAGGCGCUGUUGAUGUCCCAGCAGCGACACGAGAAGGCUGAGCGAGAGCGCGAGAUGGCGGUCAAAUACCACAAAGUCAAGUUCUUUGAGCGCGUCAAGGUCGAGAGGCGGAUCAAGAAGAUCACGAAGGAGCUGGAGUCGCUGACGCAGGGGAGCUCGGAGGCGAAGGACGCAUCGAAGCGGUUGAAACGGGCCAAGUCUGACCUGACAUACAUUUUGCACUUCCCCGCCGGCAAGCCCUACAUCUCCAUCAUCAAGGAGCCCGCCGACGAGAAGGAGCGCGAGAAGCGAGAGGACCUGCGCCGGGAGGCGCUCGCGGCGGCUCGCGACGCUGCGAUGGUGAACGAAGCCGAUGAGGGGGCGGCAGGGCAGCGGGCAGACGCGCGCAAGGCGAAAGAGCAACGCAGGACGGCCUCGCAGGACGACGAGGACGGCAUGGGCGCGGCGCCGGCGGACGCGGGCAGCGACAGUGAGGGGAGCGACGACUUCUUCCUGGACUCCCCCCGCGGGGACUCCGGCGGUGAGCAGCAAGACACCCCGGGACGCGGGUCAGACGCGUCGUCGUCGAGCCCGUCUGAAGACAGCAGCUCCGAGGCCACCUCGGGCCCAGAGGGCGCCGAAGAGCCUCAGGGCAGCGACGGGGCUCCCCCAUCGUCAGCGUCCACGUCCACGUCCGAGGAGGACGAGGACAGCGCGGGGGGCGGGAGGGGCGGUGCGAGCGGGACGAGCAGUAGCUCGGGCGGGAGUGAGAGCGACGGCGAUGGACCCGGGGGCGGUGUGGUGGUGAAGAAGAUCAACAGAGUUCGCGAUCCGAAGACUGGAAAGAUGGUGACGCAAGAGCGGCUGCGGGAGCUGGAGGCGGUGCGGGAGAAGAAGCGGAAGAUUCUGGAGGCCGCUGGGGUCGACGUGAGCGCCCGGGAGGUGCCGCGCAGGCCGCCGAAGAGCCGGAAGGUGGGUGCGGGCGGUGCGCGGGGGGCGCCGCGUGGGGCCGCGGCGGGGGCGGAGGCGGGGGCGCGCGCGGAGGGCGAGGCGGAGGGGCGCGCGAGGACGCGUGCGGAGGGCGGCAGGAAGCGGCGAAAGAAGAAGAACUGA